UGACAGCACAGGGAAAGAUACGGUAGACCUGCCCGCAGUGGAUUAUUUUCUCCUGCAUCCAACUCAGGGCUAAAAUGAAGCAAGCAUGGCCGGAUUAGUUGGAAGUUUGCAGAUCAGUGUGGUUAACAGUGGCGUAAGGGUGAGGAUCGGUGAAAUUUUUGUUUUAGUGGAUGCUGUUGGUAGUUUCUCUGUUUUCGGCUGACUGGACGCCUGGAGUUGAUUGCAUUUUGGAUAGUUGUGUGCGGGUUGGUUGAUUAGGACGUUUUGGUGUGGAUUUUGGGUUAUUGGGUUGAUUGCUGGGAGUUUUGUGGUAAUGGUGGUUUGUUUUGGGAUUGAUCUGCGGAUGGGGGGAGAAGUGGCGGGAGAUUGAAGGAAUAGGUUGGUGUGAUCACAUUGUGUGGUAUUAUGUGUGUACGUGGUGUUGGUUGUUUUGCAGUUUGGGUAUUUGGUGAAUUCGGGGAUUACGGCGGCGGGGAUUUCCAUUGUUGAGAUCUGUAUGUCUGUGGGGGGUGAAGUGGUGUGAAUUUCGUGGAGUUGAGUAGGGGACAAGAAGUGGUUGGGAUUUGAGAUUGGGGCGUGAUGGAAUCGAAAAUGGAUCAGUAUGAGAUCAUGGAGCAGAUUGGGCGUGGAGCUUUCGGAGCUGCCAUUUUGGUUAAUCACAAAAUGGAAAGGAAAAAGUAUGUGCUUAAGAAGAUCCGAUUAGCUCGGCAGACAGAAAGAUGCAGAAGAUCAGCUCAUCAGGAGAUGGCAUUAAUUGCUCGAAUACAACAUCCUUACAUUGUUGAGUUCAAGGAAGCUUGGGUGGAGAAGGGUUGCUACGUAUGCAUAGUUACUGGCUACUGUGAAGGAGGGGACAUGGCUGAACUAAUGAAAAAAGCCAAUGGCCAGUAUUUCCCGGAGGAGAAAUUGUUAAAGUGGUUCACUCAGCUCCUGCUGGCAGUUGAGUAUCUUCAUUCCAACUUUGUUCUUCACCGGGACCUCAAGUGCUCAAAUAUCUUCCUUACCAAAGAUCAAGAUGUUCGUCUAGGUGAUUUCGGACUUGCUAAAACUUUGAAGGCAGAUGAUUUAGCUUCUUCGGUAGUUGGAACUCCCAAUUACAUGUGUCCCGAACUUCUUGCUGACAUCCCUUACGGAUUUAAAUCUGAUAUUUGGUCUCUUGGUUGCUGUAUGUAUGAAAUGGCUGCCCAUCGUCCUGCAUUCAAAGCUUUUGACAUGGCGGGACUAAUAAGCAAGAUUAAUCGAUCCUCCAUUGGUCCUUUGCCACCAUGUUACUCCCCAUCCUUGAAAACACUAAUCAAGAGUAUGCUAAGAAAAAACCCCGAACACCGCGCCAGUGCAUCUGAAUUACUGAAGCACCCAUAUCUUCAGCCUUACAUUGAUCUGUACCGUCCAUCUUAUAACAUGGCUGUCGCCAAUUCACCCGAGAAACCUCAUCCCAUGGCUCGUGACAGUCGAAAGAAUAUGGCUGAAAGCCAAAGCAGCAACAGCUCCUGCAGUGACAGAGACAGCUUGAGGUCAAGUGAAAGGAACAUGGUCGUGAAUAAAGACAAUAGAGCAGGUGAUAUCGACUCGGCUUCUGUUGAUGAGGAUGCUGGCCCGAGGCUUCUUGUACCGAGAGAUGGUCUAAAAGGGACAGCAAUUGUCAAGGAACAUGAUGACAGGAAACCAACGAACGAAGAACAGAGGAACAACAGUGAAUUUAAGCAGCCGAAAAUGAUCAAAAACAUUAUGAUCGCUCUGAAAGAAGGAAAAAGCAGAGAAAAUAGUUCGCCGAUGAGAAGCAACCAUGCGAAGCCUGGCGCUUUCGGUUACCAGAGAGGGAGUGUUGAGGCAUCUCCCAGAGUCAGCAAACCAGGUCACCCUAACCAUGUGCUUAAGGGCAAUGCAGAGACACCAAUGGUUGCAUCGGCAAAGGCCAUACCCGAUUCCACCAAGCGAACAUACGCAACAAAUUCUUUGAAACAUCAGUUACCUGCCACGGAUACGCCUCCGAAGACCAAAGCUCGACACGAAGGAAUCCCACCCACCGGUCCCAUGAAACCUUCUGCUGAAGAUGGAUUCUCGAUAAGGGCCAGACAGAAAACACCUCCAACACUCACUAGAAGGCCAUCGUUUCCUGCACGGACACGGCAGGUGGGAUGCGAGACACCUAAUACAAAGACUGGUCCUGAUGAAGCUCGUGAUCCUGAAGCUAUAGAUUCUGUGCCUCAUCGCUCCAAUCCAAGUACAUCGAGAGAUAUUGUCCCGUAUUCCAGGAAGUCGACUGGGGUCGGUUCUAAGAGAAUGUACACAGAGAGCAGCAAUUCUGCAUCAUCUUCGGUAUCCAUCCAAGGAUUUGAGCUAUGCGACGAUGCGUCCACCCCUACAACUGAACAGAUACUUCAUGGCCGUGAAGUGUCCGAAAUUGAAGUCAUUAAUACUACGGAACAUGUUGAAGUUAGCUGCCGAACACCGAAACAGCAAGCUACUGAAGUUGAUAUUAAUGAGUCUACACUGUGCUAUUCUACCCCUUCCUCAUCACACUCGGAAAGACUCGGGAAUUCAUCACUCCACGGGAAUCGCUCCAAGUCUGUCGUAUCUUCCGUCGAAUCGUUUCAAGAACGCUUGGAUGAUAAGGUUAUGCAUGUAGAUGCUCGUGCCGAGAAUAUAGGCUCCCCUGCUGAAAUCAAAGGUAACGAUGCGGCUGCCAUUAUGUCCGACAGCAGGUAUGAUCCCGUAUUCACAUCGAGCAGAGAUGAUAAGGUCACGGAGAAAAAGCUUGUUUCUCCGGAUACAGAAUGCUCCUCGUCAUCCGGCAUUGCCCACAGCUCGUCAAACUUGAUUCCAGAUAAAGGCCUUGUGGUGCAGAAGGGUGUCAUCGAUAAAGCUGUCCCGAGUCACCCCCAACCGGCAUUCGAUGAGGUUAUUCAUGUGAUACGCCACAGUAGCUUCCGAGUUGGCCCUGAUCAGCAUCCGGUGCUGGACAAUCUGGAGCCUCCGAUGGAUGUCGGGAAGCUUAUAAACGUCGUGAGAGAUGAUUUCGACGUGAAAGAUCCAACAUGCUCCGAAACAGCAACUCCCAAAUCAUCCGAAACUGCGCCCCCUCCGCCUGAAAAUUCCAUCACUAAGGAAAUAGACACGGCGGCGAAUGCAAAUACCCCGGAUUCUUCUGAACCAUCAAAACCAAGCCCGCCUCCGCCUCCGCCUCAAGAAGAAGUGCCGGCAAAGGAAACUCUAGACGUGAAUUCGUUCAGGCAGAGGGCGGAUGCGCUUGAAGGACUGCUGGAGCUGUCUGCGGACUUGCUCCAGCAGAACCGACUCGAAGAACUUGCCGUGGUUCUGAAACCUUUCGGUAAGGAGAAGGUUUCGCCGAGAGAUACGGCAAUCUGGCUGGCGAAAAGCCUCAAGGGAAUGAUGCUCGAUGAGAGCGGUCGGAAUUCGUAAUCACACACAGAGACAGCUCAGGUAAUUCUGAUUCUGCCAUUCUUGAAGUUAUUCUUACAUUACAUUGCAUGCAUAGUUCUAUCCAUAUAAAAAGGCAUUGAAAUCUUUCUUUCUCCUUCUCUUUCACAUUUUGAUCUUUUUCAUUGUGCAAUGAUGUAUAUAGUUGUUGUUUAAAUUCAAGAUUGCUUGUUUAUUUGAUUUCAA